UAUUAUUCCUGCCACGUGUGCAUGCUCCCUGCACGUCGGCCAGUUGCAACCCGGUGUGGACAUGUAUACUGCUACCCUUGUGUACGAAUUGUUGAUUACACGCAGGCAGCUACUGCUACUGACACGUGUACUUCUCUUCUGCGUGACUACCGGUGUACGGGUUGUCGAGAGAGCGUCCGAAGGGGAUGGCGGGCAUUUGUGCCCAUGUUCUCGUGCGGCGCGGUGCGCAGCAAUUCUCAGGGCAAUAAUGGUGGUGGGGAUGAGGAAGAACGACCUUUCCCGCCAGAAAUGAUGCCACGUAGACGGGCUGCUCCUCCUCCUCCUCCUCCUCCUCCUCCUCUUCUCAAUCCCCAUCAUCAUCAUCAUAAUCACACAGGAGUGGUGGUGGUAGAUGGCGACGUGGUGGCCAUGGACGGUCAGAUCGAUUUUGCGAUUACUGAUGACGCCUUUGACAUCAGCACUCUGGAGGAGAGCCGAGCUAUGCGACAGGCGCGACAAGAGGCAUUCCAGCGCCUGCGCGAGACUGCAAUGGUUGGACUCGCGGAGCUGAUAGUUCCUCAAGAUCCCAAUGAGCCUCUGCCGGACGACGAGAUCCCUUUUGAUGUGGUUUGGGAGGAGAGUCUGGAUGCAGCUCGGAGGGACUGGAGGGAUGCAUCGUGGCCGGAUGCGGCUCGGGAGGACGUUUGGGAGCACGGUCGGGAAGAGGUUCGGGAUGGGGCUUCGGGGGACAAUUGGAAUCACGGUUGGAAUGAGAGCACACAUGCUGGGAUGGCAUUGAGGAGGGCGGCACUGGGUGCAGCGAGGAGAGGGGUUGCUCUGACAAUAGUUGCAGGGUCUGAGGUGGAGGCUGACGUGGCGAGGGGUCCAUCGUUAGCAGCUCCAGAGCUUGGAGAGGAGGGAAGGAAUACGCGAGAUCGAGAAGCGACACGUGUCCUGCACACAGAGGAGGUGGUGGAGACUCCUCCACGGCAGCAGGAGAGUGCACCUGGGGGUGGAGGGGUUGAGUUGCGAGGGGAGCACGAAGUCGGAGGGCAAGUGCGGAUGAUAGCGAAGGCCGAGGUAGAAUGGAGACAUGCCAGUGGAAGGACAGACAACAUUGUUGUAGGCGAUCUCGGCGGCGGUGAGCAACUGAUCCCAAUCGUGUUGAUGUGGAUGACAAUACUUUCGCAGGAUUCUUUGGAGAGUAUCGUUCAUCUUCUCAGUUUGUCCAUCGGUCUGUGGGUGGAAUGCAAUGCUAUACUUGAGCGUGGUUCCGUAGGCUUUAAAGAGGUGUUUCCAGAAUUGCGAAAGGAAGCGAGGGUCACGGUCACUGAUGAUGUUCUCGGGGAGACCGUGGUGACGUGGGACAUGGUCGAAGAAGAGAAUGGCGAAGUCCUUGGCGUUGUGCGAUGUGGUGCAAGGGGUGAAGUGGGCACGUUUAGUCAAGCGACAAACAAUGACAUAGAUGCAAUCAUGUCCGCAGUCGGUCUUGGGGAGACCGCAAACGAAGUCCAUGGAAAUGGACUGCCACCGUUGUCGGCACCGGAAACAACCACCCUUUGCUUGGAGGUAGGUUCGCUCCUCCGACGUGAGUUUCGUGAGACGGAUUGGGUGGGUGUUUAUGGGAGGACGGCUGGUGCGUUCUCUCUUUUCCAUCUGCAUAAGGUGGAUGGCAGAGAGUUCGUCAGAGGAGAGCGAAGUGGUGUCGAGUGGGUCGCAGAGGGUGUCAGGGUCGGGGGUGGAGAACUCGUUCGAGGAGGCAGAGAGAGAGGUUUCGUCGGUGAUGUUAUGAAGAAUCGUGGGCGGGGUGGGGCGGAUGUGAGUCCGUCCUUGUACGGGGUGAGGAAUUUGUCUCGGUGGAUGGCGCGGUUGAAGAGGUUAAAGAGGGACAUUGGGGGGUCGUGGAUAAGGGAGGCGGCGAGGUCCUUGCGGCGUCCCCGUUUGAGGUGGGAGAUGAAUGCGGCAUCGCUGACGUAGUCAAGGGGGAUAUGUUGCCACAACGCACGGACGUAUUGGACAAAACGGUCGGUUGGGCCGUUCUGUCGAAGGCGUCAGAGUUUCUCAAAG